AUGGAUCAGAUCAUUUAUAGUGAUUCUCAGAGUGAUGAAAGUGAUGCAAACUCUAAAAACAAAAGGAAAAAAGCAUUUCUCAACUUCGCAGAAGUGGUGGGAUUUCGUAUUACAAGGAUGUGCCAAGUGACUAUAUACGGCUACUCUAGAGCAAAGCCAUGGUCCCAAAUAGCACCAGAGAAAAUGAUGUUUGUAGCUCAAGGAGCCCACAAGAAACUCAGGUGGCAAAAUGCUAAAUUGCAACUUCAAUCCCUUAACGACUCCUGGGCAAUUUCUAAUGCCUCCUCAACUGAAGAUGCUUUCUGA